AUGAUCAAUUUAAAAAAUCACCCUGUGUCCCAACUAGUCCCCUUGCCCAACUCUCUAUCCUUCUUUAUAAAAACCAUGUAACCAAUCCUAUUCCCUUGUUCUUUUGUGCUUUCUUCUCUCUAAUUUUUCUCUGUUGCAUUGAAGCUAGAUCUACAGAAGAAGAUGAUGUUGAUGGCCUUGGUAUUUCUAGCACUUCUCUUCCUUGCAAGCCUCUUACACACACUCUUCAACUUUCCCAACAAGAAGACCAUGGCUUGGCUUCAAUCUUUCUUCACCAAAACCACUACUUCACAAGAUCUUCGCAAGGCGGAGAAGAGUAGCAACACUACCACCACCACCACUGUUGCUGCUGCUGCUGCUGCCGCCGUUGUCGCUCAUAAUAAGGGUGAGUUAAGGAGCGUCUUUGCCACGUUCGACAAGAACAACGAUGGCUUUAUAACGAAGCAAGAGCUCAAAGAAUCGCUUGGGAACAUUGGAAUCGAUAUUACGGAAAAUGAGGUUGUGGAUAUGGUUGAGAAGGUGGAUUCUAACGGGGAUGGGUUGAUUGAUCUCGACGAGUUUUGUGGGUUGUAUGAGUCUAUGGUGAGCCGAGAGGAGGUGGUUGGGGAGGAGGAGGGUGGGGGUAAGGGAGUAGGAGAGGGGGACUUGAAGGAGGCUUUUGCUGUUUUUGAUGGAAAUGGGGAUGGGUUGAUUACAGUGGAGGAGCUAGGGUUGGUGUUGUCUUCCUUGGGGUUGAAGGAAGGGAAGAGAGUGGAGAGUUGCAAGGAGAUGAUAAGUAAGGUUGAUAUGGAUGGAGAUGGAAUGGUUAAUUUUGAUGAGUUCAAGAGCAUGAUGAAGGCUGGUGGAAGGCUUCUUGCCGUCUCCUAAGCCUCUCUCUCUCUCUCUCUCUCUCUCUCUCUAAGUUGUGUAGUAAGCCCAUUUCUCUCUCUCUCAAAAUUGUACAUAUAACCAAGGGGAAUUCUUACAACUAUGUGUUCUAUCUUCAAUGCCUCUUCCCAACACACAACAUCCUCUGCACUCAAAAUUCCUAUUCUAUAGUUUUAAUGCAUUACCAGUAGUCACAUGAUCAUAUCUCGGAAUUUUUUGUUGUGUCUUGAAAUUUCUGUAUUUCGAGAUUCCUCCAAGUAGUAUUAUGGGUGGAAGUGCAUUGGGUACAGAAAAACAUGGGAUUUUGGUGGUGUUAACAGAUGCUGACCUGGAUAUUGAUGAAGCAUAUAAAAUGCUAGUGCAAGAAAACAAGUGAAUCCCUUCCUACCUCAGUGUGCGAGAUUCCCUGAAGCAAAGUCAAAUGUUUUGGUGAUUUGUCUGUCUGUCAACUCUCAGGCAAGUGGAGAGAUUUUACUAGGUCAAGUAUAUACUACUUUGUUGUUUUGUAUCUUCUAACUUAGAUGUCUGUGUGGUGUGCUGUGGUGUGCUGUGAUGUGAUGUACAAAAGAUUACAUGCCAUGUUUGAACUUUUAAUGCAGAUUGUCAGCAUUUGGAUACAGGAA